CCCUGUUCUGCGUCUAUGCACGCGACAAUACACUUUCUCAUCAGUUGUUGCUAGCCAUGUUGUUAGCUAGGCUAGAGAGGCUAAAUAGCUAACCAGAUAGGUAUCUAACUUGUUUACAAGAAAAUACAUUGUUUAGGUAGGUGAGAGCCAUUUGGAAGUAAUACGCGGACGUUAUUAUGUGGUUUUACCAAAUACAUGUGGACAUUAAAAUAAGUAGCUAAACUGAAUAAAUUGCCAACGCCGAUACAAGCUCUGUGGCCUAAACAAGACCAUCACUGAACUGGGCUAGGUUAGUUAAGACGAGGAGUGCCACGCUGAGGCUGCAGGGAUGGACGAUGUCACCGCCAUCGAGAUUAAAGAAGACGGAAUUGCGGGUGAUAAUUCGAGCAAGAAAGAACAUUCCAAGAAAAUGGCUGAAGACUGCGGAGUUGCGGGUUCCAAUGAAGAUAGUACUGACUGGGAUGGGCUUUUCCGCUGUCUUCAUUGUGGAGAAGUCUUUGAGGAGGAAGCAGGCUACCUGGAGCAUCAACAUUUGCAUCCCCAUGACAGCCCUAUAGUCUGUCCGGACACUGUUUCUCAUUUAGAUGGCUUGCUUGUCUCAAAGGAUGACGGCCAACAGACAUUAUGUUGUUCCCUGUGUGGUCGCAUAUUUUCAGAUUCAAGGGGUUUCUACUCUCACAUGAUGAAGCAUCGUACUCAACGUUCCAAGGGUGACUCUGUCACUCCAGAGCAAAGCUCGCCGGGGACUAAGCAAAGCAUCUAUAAAUGUCAGGACUGUGGUAAAUCCUAUGCUGCAAUUGGCCAUUUCCUUAACCAUCAGCGCUCACACAAGCAAGCCUCUAAAUCUGUAUUCCAUCUGCUGGCACACCUGAAAAAGAAGUCCUUUCAAUGUCACACCUGUGGUCGCAGUUAUUCCCGUGCGUCGGCCCUCGACGCUCACCGCCGUUGCCAUGAGGUGAAACUGAUCAAGUCACGCAACAGGGGUGGAGAGAAGGGAACGUCCACCGGUGGGACCGUGGUAGAAAGUGAAGACAAAGACGAACCAGUGAACCGGAGCAGCAUGAGGUGCCAUGACUGCGGUGAGCAGUUUACCCUCUGGGAGGCCUUCAAGACUCACCUGCGCAUGCAUGUUCUGGAGGAGGAGGAGAGAAGACGGCCGAUCACAAAAAGACCAGGGAAAGCCAAAUCUCCGAGUGACAUGGAAGAGCCUGUUCCGGAGAAAGAACAGGAAGCUUCUUCCCCGGAAGGUGAUGCCGAGCAACGCUCAGAGUGCAGUGACGUAGACGUAGAUGGUAUUGAAAAUGAAGAGGACUGUUUGGAAAGUCCCUGGAAAGUGAGACCAUCAGAGAUUGUAAAGGUCCAUCCCGUUUUUAACAUGGAAGGAGAGGAUAACCAAUCAGUAUUCACCAGCUCCCGCAAGGUUUACGCUUGUUCCAUCUGUGGGAAGGUGUACUCCUACCUGGAGUCAUUUAGAAACCACCAGACCAUGCAUGAACAGCAAUCCUCAAGAAACCACGAUCAUAAAUGUCCAUACUGUGGAAAAUCUUUUAUUCGUCCAUCACUCCUGCUGGCCCAUCUAAAAGUGCACAAGCCACCCAAACAAGGUGAUGACCCCAUACCCAAUUGUGGCCUGUGUAAGAAAGAAUUUAGCUCCCAGCAGACAUGGCUGGUCCAUCUUGAACUCCACAAGAAGAAGCCAUACUGGUGCCUCUCCUGUUCGAAAGGCUUCAGGGAUGAGCGCUUACUGAACAAACACCUGCAAGGCCAUGACCUUAAGCGUCACAGGUGUGACAUAUGCUUCAAAAGCUUCCGUGUGCCCGCGGAGCUGCGUUCCCACUACAACACACACACAGGUGCGAAACCUUACAAAUGUGCGUUAUGCAAGAAGAGGUUCUCCCAACUUGGCAACCUUAUCACGCAUCGGAAGAGGCACAUAGGGGUUUACGUCGGAUCCAACAAAACGCCUCUGGGGAGCAACAGUAUAAACAAAAAGAGAAGGGUAUCUAAAUUGACAAAGCUGAUUUUCAGUGGGGUUUCUAAAUCACCAAAGAAUGUGGGAGAGGAGCAGGAUGGGAGUGAAAAUGAUGCCUCUGUACAGUCAUGGUUACCAGAAUACAGCUCUGACGAAUCUGGUUCAAAGUCUGCAAAAUGUUCUGAAAACGGGUCUAAUUGUUCUGAAGAGGAAGAGACAACAAUGGUGUUGGAGAAGUCAAACAUCGACAAGGACUGGGAGUGUUUUGAAUGCAGCAUGGCGUUUGAUCUGGAAAAUGAAUUACACCAGCACUAUAUGAAACAUGCCAGGGGAGAGGUGCCGGUUUAUUAACUGUUGUGUGAGAAGCAGUUUGGAGCGCAGAUAGUCUUCUGCCACACUCAUGAAUGUGAGAAUAGGUUAAAUUCUUUUCUUUUUUUUGUAGCAAUACCAAUUAAUUCUAGGUUGAAUUAUCUUAUAUUUUCAGGUAGUGGAAUGCUGUGAAAAGUUAUGUUUUGUGGUAUUCAUUUUAGUUAUGUUAUUUCAAUAAAAGAUUGAGUCAUAUUCUAGAUGCAUUUUUGGUUUCCUAUAUCAUUUUGUGUAGUGUACUUUGAGAGACUCAUAAUGUUAAUCUACAGCAUAUCAGUUAACUUUGUGAUCCCUAAUCCUAAAUAUUUGACUGCUGUUAGCCUUCUUUCUUUCUGCUUUCUUUUUAUUGUAUUUUUUUGUCAUUGUGAAAUAAAAGGAAUUCAUUUGAAGCUGUUAUUGCAGUGUGUCAUUGGUUAUAUAUACAGUAAUAUUUUCUCA